GCAAUCGUGCGCAACGACAAAGACAGCGAGCCGAAACCUAUGGGGAAGGAAUAAAAAAAGAAAUUCAGUAACGUCGCACUCUGUACCUAAGGACCAUCAUUUUCUGAAGAGGUAGCUGCCCCGGAGCCUCGGUGAAGACACCGAAAUUUGACGGCAACGAGGGCGGAUUUUAAAUCGGCGCUGAGCCUUUGAUUUCGUAAAGAGAGACUGUGGCAACUGGCAGAUUUUCCGUUGGACGGUCUAGCGAGGGAGCCGCCAUGGCAGUCGGAUCAUUGAGCCUCCACAUCGGGAUAUGAAGAGGAACUGCAUGUGUCCUGAAUAGUCAAGAAAACGCCGCAUUUCCCUCUGAUCCGCAAGGGAUCAGCUCUCCUAACACCUGAUCUCACCCUUCUUCGUCUUUGUGAAAGUGAUUUUGCAACCAGAAAGAAAUCGCUAUUGGUUUUAAUCGGGGGGCCACAGGGAGAGGCCAGAUUCAUGACUAUUUUAGUCGGAGACGUUUCUUCAGAGGCCCGCUGAGUGAAAAACCUGGAAUAUAAGGAAGAAAUGCUGCUCUAAUUGACUGUAGGUGGGCAAGAAAGGGUAGUUUAUUAGGAGAAACGGACUAAAGUGAAGGAUAAAGGGGUCGCUUUCUGCCUGUCUUCCCUGUGAAUUUCAUUUACGGUCAUCCUUUUUGGAUGAGAAGGACCGGCAAAUCAAUCAGCCCUGCCGUAUAGCCAGUCACAGUCUCCGAGUCGAGAGAGAACCAGAGGGAUUGGAUCAUGUCGGGUCGGCCCAGGACCACAUCCUUCGCGGAGAGCUGCAAACCAGUGCCGCAGCCCUCGGCUUUCGGCAGCAUGAAAGUCAGCAGGGAUAAAGAUGGAAGCAAGGUAACAACAGUUGUCGCCACUCCGGGUCAAGGCCCUGACCGGCCACAGGAGGUGAGCUACACGGACACGAAGGUAAUCGGCAACGGCUCGUUCGGCGUGGUCUACCAGGCCAAACUCUGCGACUCCGGAGAGAUGGUAGCCAUCAAGAAGGUUCUGCAAGACAAGAGGUUUAAGAAUCGGGAGCUGCAGAUCAUGAGGAAGUUGGACCACUGCAACAUAGUCCGCCUGCGCUACUUCUUCUACUCCAGUGGAGACAAGAAAGAUGAAGUGUAUCUGAAUUUGGUUCUGGAUUACGUUCCUGAGACUGUCUACAGAGUGGCCAGACACUACAGCCGAGCCAAACAGACCCUGCCCAUGGUUUAUGUCAAGUUGUACAUGUACCAGCUGUUUAGGAGCCUGGCCUACAUCCAUUCGUUUGGGAUCUGUCAUCGGGACAUCAAGCCCCAAAAUCUGCUGCUAGAUCCAGAGACCGCUGUGCUCAAGCUCUGCGACUUUGGCAGUGCUAAGCAGUUGGUCCGCGGGGAGCCAAAUGUGUCCUACAUCUGUUCUCGCUAUUAUCGAGCACCUGAGCUCAUCUUUGGUGCCACUGACUACACCUCCAGCAUAGAUGUGUGGUCAGCGGGGUGCGUGCUGGCAGAGCUGUUGCUAGGGCAACCAAUCUUCCCUGGUGACAGUGGAGUGGAUCAGUUGGUUGAAAUUAUAAAGGUUCUCGGCACCCCGACUCGAGAGCAGAUCCGUGAGAUGAACCCCAACUACACCGAGUUCAAGUUCCCCCAGAUUAAGGCACAUCCUUGGACUAAGGUGAGUCAACAGGUGUUCCGGCCGCGCACGCCUCCGGAGGCCAUCGCCCUGUGCUCUCGUCUGCUGGAGUACACCCCCACCGCCCGCCUCACCCCUCUAGAGGCUUGCGCACACUCUUUCUUCGACGAGCUGCGCGACCCCAACGUCAAACUACCCAACGGGAGAGAGAAGCCCUCCCUCUUCAAUUUCACCACCCAGGAGUUAUCCAGUAAUCCCUCUCUGGCCUCCAUACUCAUCCCUGCCCACGCCCGCAGCCAGGCCGCAGCCUCCACCCCCACCAACACCUCUGCCACCACAGAUGGCAGCAGCACAGAGCGAGGCCCCAGCACCAACACCGCCUCUGCCUCGGCCUCCAACUCCACCUCCUGAGCCCUCAGACGACCCGCCCUGCCCCGCCCCGGUCUCAGCCCCAGCCCACGGCCUCUCCAUUGCCCCGGCCAGGGGGUGAGCUCCGCUCAGCUCUGCUCUGCACUGCUCUCCUCCCUGACAGCAGCGGAGCGAUGCUGACGCAGUCUGGGUUCAACAGCUAGCCGACAGCCCCAUGCCAAAACCACAAAACCAAGCCUCCCUAAUCCCUGAUCUUUUGUCCCUGACUGGCCCUUCAUCCAGCUGUUUGAACUCUAGUCCAUCCUCCGUCAAAGACGUCUCUCCGUGCCCUUUCAACAGGAAGCAAAGCGCAGGGCCAGAGGUGUUGUCGAAUGUACUCUCGUUAAAGUACACUGUACAUGUAUACACAAUGCUAGCCUGCUAAUGUUUGUAAGAGGACAAUCUGUAGAAAAAGUCCUAAGCUGUUCCCCUUGACCCUCUCUGGCCUUCCCCCUUUGUCCUCCUCAACCUUGUCCCUUUUUUUCUGCAUCCUUUGACCUCUGACCCCGAUGUGUCCCCUGGCCGAUCCCCCUUGGUUCCUCCUGUAGUGCAUGGCCUGAGUAUGGUUAGGAUCUCCCGGGGGUCUCCACACCCUCUCACUUCUGAACUUCACUUCCGCAGACUAGGCAUGAGGCUCACGCACGGGUAUACACACAUACACACUCACAAACACACACACACACAUCCUCACACACACAUGGGUGCAUGAUGAUCCUGAUGUAUGUGGAAAGAAGCAGUCCACUUGCGGGGGUAACGUUUGGACAGGGUUCUUUUUUUUUUUUUGCCCAGGGUUCUUUUUAAAUGGUCAGAAAAGCUGUUUUACGCGACCUUGUUUUAAAUUGUUUUGUACUCCUGGGCAGAUGUUUUUGGAUUGCCAUGUGCGAUGGAUGUGACAUGUAUCUGGUCCUGUGUGCUUGUAUAAUAUAUACAUACAAAACAAACUUGCAUACAUACACAGUUUAUAUAUUACUUUUCCUUAUGUAUAAAAAGUAUAUAUAGAUAUAUGUAUAUUAACUACAAUGGUUCAGAAAUCAUUUAUGGUGAGCUCAUAUCUGGCAGAGCAGUGGCAAUAUUUGCUGCUGCCUAAAGACAAUAGAUUUAGAUGAGGUGGUGUUUUUGUUUUCUUUGCUGGAGUGUUGUUAGAUUCCAGCAGUCUGCCCUGUGUUGUCUGUAUGAAGGCUGUAGAUGGAUUUAGAGCAUUGCUCUAUUCCUUGUCUUUGUACCGACUCUGUCUGUAACAGUGUUCCUGUGACAGUGCAGUUUCUUGACAAACAUCUUCCCCCCCCGUCCUCUUUCUCUGUGAAGAAUUCAAGGUGUUUCUUAUCACUUUUCUUUCUGUGAGAAGUCUCGGCGUCUGUCCCCCUCAGCUCACCUCUGACUUUCUCCUGUUUUGUAACCACUGACUGAAGUGUUAGCCUAGCGUUCUCGCUCCUCCACCCGCCGCACAUAGAGCCCCUCGGUACAGUCUGUCCAAGCGUCUUAUUUACAGAGAAUACUCACUACAUUUAAUAAAAGAAAAGAAAAAAAAGAAAGAAAAAAGCAGAAUUUGUAUAUACAGUAUAAAUGCUCCUCACCAAAAUUCUGACUUGUACGAAUUGUUUGUUUUUUUAUGUUUAUUUUUUUUCCAUGUUGUGUUCAAGGUAUGUAUAUAUGCAGACCCAUGUACUGUUUAUGAGCAAAAACAAAGAUGAAAAAAGGUAGGGAAAUGAAAGAAAAAAAUAUGAAAAAAACAAUCAGGGCAAAACUGAUGUUUAUGGAUAUUGAUGAUGAUGAUGAUGAUGAUCAGCUUUAUCCAGCCAUAUGUUCAAUCUUACCUGUACAGUAGAUGACAGCUGUAUUAUUGUAACAGAACUAGUCAUGUAUAGUGUAACUAUAGUUUGGAGUGCCUUUGCUUUCAUACACCUUCGCCUUGUUUCCCCUCUCACCCGCCUCCCCCUUCCAUCACCCACCCCCUGACUGGGACUCUCCCUUUGGUGCUGUUGAAUGUCCUGCAACACAUGCAUACACACAUAUUGACACAUUCUCCCACCUGAUUUUCAGUCCCCCCUCCACUCGCACCUUUUUCCAUUUUUCAUUGCACACUUAAUGUAAUAUACAGACAUUGUUAAUUAUUGUAAGGAUUAAUUUUCCUUAUAUGAAGAUAUGAGUAGACGAGUGUUUAUUUUAAUAGAUGUUUUAUCUUGGACACACAUGCACGCGCAGCACAAACUUGUAUACCACAGUCCUGGUACAGGCUCCGGGGCAUGAAGUGGGUUUCGGGGAUGGCAGCAGGGGUUGAAAAGGCCUCGUAUACUGUAGAUAGUCAAUACAGUAUCGUUUCUGUGUAACUCACAGUGUUGGUUCCGUUACCAAAGCCAAACUAAGAUGUAGUUGUGAUGAGCCAUCCUCAGAGGCAGUUAUGUAAGUAUUCUGUCUCCUGUUUCCUCUCUGGAUAUUUUUUGUCCUUUUGCUUGUUCUCCUUCCUGUCUGCACACUUCAGUAGCACCUAAGGCAUCGAGUCAUGUAGCCUCUCUCCUGUCUCCUGCUUGCUGUAAUUUCGCAUUCAUGAACGUGUUGCUACCCUCCACAAGAAAGAUUGACCACCUGACCCUACCCCCUAACUCCAGUUCAAUAAAAACACCACAAAGGUUACCAAAAAAAGGUUUAUAUACGAGUAUAAAAUAUUAUACUGGCAUAUACACAAGUUUAAUAUGUUAACUGGGUCUAAAGAAAAGAAGAAUCAAAGAGAAUACCACAACAUCCUGUAUAACAGUACUACUACUUGAAUGCCUCCGUUUGUGACUGAAACUUUUAUUUCAUUUGUUUUGUUUUAUCUUUUGUUCUGUGAAGGUAUGCUAAAUGUGCACCUCUGUAAAUAUCCCUCUGCGUGCUCUGAGGAAUAGUUCCCUGGUACUGUAAUUUGCAUUAAAUAAAGAGUAGGAUAGCCUGGAAAUGAUCAA